UGUGCUUUUCCAUUCACCCUCAUCAAAAUCAACUGUCGUCUAUUUGACGAUCAUGGAAACGAAGAACGUGCCAAGCAAGGAAUCAUCGCCUCCGCCCGAUUAUUCGAAUUACUCAGCGAACGGGGAACGUCGGCUUUCGUUAGCUGACUAUCUCCUCAUCUUAAAACACGUGGGCAGGAAUGAACAGAAGGACAUUGAUCGUGCUGGACGAAGGCGUAUUUCACUAGCGGAAACUAUACCCGAUUGGCCCACCCUGGCCAAACCGGAUCUCAUAGAGAGUGCGGAGAAAGCCCCAACUCCACGGCGACCAUCACUAGCCGAAAUUAUUCCCGACUGGCCGAUUCUUCAACCAUUCAACAGAGAGGAGGUGCCGUUAAAAAUUACCAGCAUAAUAUUUUUUUUUCUUGAUUUUUAAUUUUUCCUUCAUUCUUCCAACUUAAAUAAGCGUA